GGACGGAAGACGUGUAGUAUCUGGAUCGGAGGAUAUGAGUGUGCGGGUGUGGGACGUGGAGACGGAAGCACAAGUUGGGGAGGCGUUAGUUGGACACACGGGUUCGGUGGUGUGCGUUGCGAUGAGUGGGGACGGAAGACGUGUGGUAUCUGGAUCGUUUGACAAGAGCGUGCGGGUGUGGGAUGUUGAGAGAGGGAUCACACUUCAUACCGGGAGGUUCGAGGAUUAGGAAGAAAUCACGAGUCGGUUCCUGAGGAGGGCAGACUUGGGUACUGCUUCUCGCGCAGGACGAACAUCACAAAUAUUUUCAAGGUACGGAGAAAGGUACGGAGAAAUUGUGCAAAGGCGAGAGGAUGGGUCUGAGGCUGUCUUGGCCCAGUUGGACAAUGCGUUAGACUUGCAGAUGGACCCCGAUCACGAGGUCGCAGUUGCAAGGAUUGGCCAUUUGGUUGCUAUCAUGAAGCUAGUUGUGUAGCUAGUUGUGUAAGUUAGUAUCGAAGUGCGAUGGCCGUUUGGCGCCCGAGACAUUAGUAAUGCGUUUGCAACUGUUCGCGGUAGUUCUGUAGUGGGGAGGGCUUUUUGUUUUGUUAUGAAUGCCUGAGAAGCUUGCUUGAUGGAAGUAUGGAAGUUGCAGUCCAUGUAUGUGUAUGUAUGAACUACCGACCUGCUUGACUUCAUCACUCGGUAAACAAGUCUAAGGAUGCGAGCGGACCUGACGCGAAAUAAGUGUUGCAUUGCGAUGGCUUGUCCUCCUCGAAGACAGUGGACUAAGAAACGAUAAGAACGUUCACAGCGGCAUCAAGCAUUCGGACAGAAGCGAAGUAGAGGAAGUUGUUAUUAGUGCAUCAACGGUGUGUUCAGAAGCGUUGCAGACCGGCUCAAAGCGGGGCGCGAAUCUCAAUGUUGAGAGGCGAUGGGCACACAUGCAUAGGUUCACACGUGCACAGGUCCACACGUGUGAGAAGAACAGUGGACAAAACGAGGCCAACUUUUUUCUUCAAUUUUACGAUAAAUUUGAGCUUCCACCUUUACUCCACUACGCACAGACAUUGUUCCCCUGCCGUUCCCCUGCCGUUCCCCUGCCGUUCCCCUCCUCCGAACCCCUCGUCCUUGGUGCGUCCUUGGUGCCCCUCGUCCUUCGUGACAAGCAGCGGCCUGCCAAGUCUCUGCCAUCCGAAAACGUCCUUCCCUCUCCCUUUACGGAACGUCGGCGUCGUCAUUCAUUCCAAUUAACACCGUCUCCGCAAGGGCAUCGGUGAAUAUGUGAGAGACAAGCACUGGGCAAAUGGGAAAGUGUCCUGGGCGGCACAGGUGAAACAAGCGGCCCCCAGUGACAGACCGACCACGAUAGGCUGUCCGAUCACAGCCCGCAGCGAGACGGAUAAGCAGGAGCGAGACCAGAGACGACGAAGAGGCGAGAAAGAGGGCGCUGCUCUAUGAGUUUGUCGAUUCAACAGUGGCAGCUGCAACUCUGCAGGAACACGUGUUACACGUAUCCGCGGAAAACUAUCCUCGCUGUAUCCUCGCUUGUACUGUAAUGCACAAGGGGUGCAAGUGAUACUCCUUCCGCGUCCUCGUUCCCGCUACUCCCUCUUCCACAUCUCCUCCCCGGUCUCUUCCCCGCACCGCCUCGCCACCCCCACCAGCACCUGCACGCUCUCCGCGAGCGCCCUCGUCCGCCGCACCAGUCGCUCCUUCUCGCGCUCCACCCCGCGCAUCCACCCCGUUUUCCGCGGCGACAGCAGCACGUCCAGCUCGUCGAGUGCGCCCCCGCCCUCUAUCCCGCUGCUGCUGUUUCCGCCGCCCAUCCUCGCGCGCUGCCAGUGCUGAGGGGGGGGAUGCUUACCAGUGGAUCGCGGCACGCGGCGGCCCCGACUUUUAUGCACACUGCUCGGGCGCGCGCGAGCAAGUACGGCGAGCGCACGCGCGCUGUGCAUGGGUGCGGCGGGGACGGGCGAAACCCGGCCGCCCGCGGCGACGGACGCGCGCGACACCGAUUGUGUCGAGCGGGCGGCGCGCGCAACGGAGGCGGCGGCACGCAGUCGGACGCUCGCGCUUCGGGCGAGCGGCGCGGGCGGCCGCGGGAUGCGCGCAUCGCUGGGCACGGGCGGGAAGCGGGGGGGCGUGGUGCUUGCGCUGGGGGUCGCGCGUGGUUUGAACGGGAAGCGUUUGCGGGCGGAGAUGCAGCGAUGCUACGUGCGGCUCAGCCCUGAGGGCGUGUCUUAACAGGCUGGUUUUUGGUUUGCCUUGCCCGGUUUUGCCAGGAAUACUUUUAAAUUCUUAACAAAUACCGUAUGCUUCUUAAGCCCUUGCUUUUCUUAAACACAUAAAUUAAAACGU